CAGUCACCCUGUGAUAGGCCAGCACUUAUGGGCAUGGCCCCUGAGCGGGAACACUUAGAGGGGCUGGGCCUCUCUCAAGAUGUUGUACGAACCAUUCAGGGAGCCAGGGCCGCGUCUACCAGAGCGUCCUACACAGCCAAGUGGACAGCGUUCCAGCGUUGGUGUUUAGGAAAAAGCCUGGACCCCAUUACGUGCCCCCUGCCUCACGUGCUGUCAUUCCUCCAGCUGUUGUUGGACAGGCUUUCAACACAAUCAAGGUCGGAGGAAGAAGCCACCUCUCAUCUCCUCUGUCCUGUGCGCGCGCUGUCCUGCUACACUAUUUAUGCAGAGUGUCACAGGAUAACAAACCUCAACCUGAAGAACCACUUCUAUGCGGAGUUGGAUAGACAUGCCCCCCGUCUUCAGAGCCUGUUCAGGAAGAAGGCGGCAAGCAAAGGGAAGGUAGCUGAAGUUCUGAAUCAGCUAUUCGUCUCCUAUGACCUCCAGGAGCAAGGUGACGUCCAUGUCCGACGUGCUGCUGUCCUCCGUGCUCUGCCUGCAUAUCUGCAUGAAGAUGACUCCACGUUUCUGAGGCUGUGGCAUGUGGAGCAGUCUGAUGAUCCAGACAUAGAGGACAUCGCGGUCGGACUUCUCAUGAUCAGUGCCAGGUCAACAGAUACCACGCUCUUCUGCCCAGAGAGGAUCGCUGUUGUCAUUGAGGGUAACAGAGUUAUUAAACUCCCCACACUGGCUGAUGCAUUCAUCCUGCUUUUUGCACUGCCUCUGAGCUAUCCAAAAGACUCGGAGCUGAUGAGGACGCUGAUGAGGACCUGCCCGUAUUCGUUACCAACAUUGGUAACCCAUGCGGCCGUGUCGAAAGCGAUACCGGCGAGCUUCUUCGUCACCUGGACACACACACAGAGAGAGAGAGAUUUCAAAUGUGAGUGCAUAAACACACGGCGGCUGUAAAAAAAAAUUGAAAUUGUGACAAACUAUACUGACCUUCUUGGUGGAAUCCAUCUUAAGGAUGGAUCCGAAGGUGGACUUGAUCCUGGCCUUGUACU